AGAGCCUUCAUACCAACAAUCCGCACAGAAGCACUUCCUCGUCGUCCCUUGGAUCGCCAGGCUGGAACUAAGCGUCUGGUGCAGCGGUUCUGUGAAGCAGGGCUCCUGCAUGUGCGUGAGACAGUGAGGUCAUAUAACAAACCAGAAUGGAUACAUACCUGAUAGAGAUCGGGAAAUCACAAACGUUUGUUUUCGCAGUAGGGAUAUUUGCUGGCUACACUCUGAAACAACUCUUCAAGAGCUUGCUUUCCAACUCCGAUGGGUCGAAUCCGAACGGCUCUUGCGAGAGCUCUGUUUCGACCUUGAGAUGGUUGUAUUCAAGGAUAGGCGUAGAUUUUUUAAGAUUCCUUCCCUCCAAUUAUUUCCGAAAACCGAUCUCGGACAGUGAUUCGAGACAAUACAUCCUCACGCAAGCGUUCAAUGCUGCAAGUGCUAUUUGCCCAGGCGCAAGAGCCCUUGGAAUGGUUGUAUGCAAAGGAUCGGAGUUGAAGAUUGUUCAUGUCAAUCAUAGAUUACGAAAAAUGCUUGGAUGGGGUAGCGAGGAUAUUGACUCUCUUCCGCAAACUGUUCAUGAGCUCCUGCCUCCGGCAAUGCGGAGAAUACACAAAGAAUGGGUAUGGCAUGCUCUUAAUCAAGGGUCUCUUCCCGGAUCUCUUUUGCAUCCUCUCAGAAACGUUGGCCUUCAACGAUUGGAUGGGACAAUAUUUCAAGCGAAUGUAAUUAUUCGAACACUAGGACAGGAUCUUCAUGUCGGCUCGGAUGAUUGCAUUUUUUAUGCGAUGAUUGCUCCUUUUGAAACGAGAGAGCAAGAAGGGGGUAGUCCCAGAGAGAGCGAAAUGUCUGUUGGUCUGUGGCACUCAGCCGCUGAGGUUCUUUAUGGCUCAAGUGCUGGCAAGAUCGUUGCCUCUGGACUGCUUCCAGCUCCCGAAGAGUACAGCGUUGCUACGGUGUUAUUUCUGGACAUUGUUGGAUUCACAAAGAAAUGCACACAGCUGUCUCCCAAUGAGAUCACAAUUUGGAUGACACAAGUGCACUGCAAGAUAGAAAACUUAAUCGUGAAACAUCAUCUCAGGAAGAUAGAGACGCGGGGAGACUGUUACAUCUGCGCCUCGGGCACCAACUCAGUCGAAGGCGAUAUCACUGAAGAUCAAAUGACUAGGAUGACUGCAUUUGCUGUCGACGUCGCCAAUGAGAUGUUGACGAACGGAAGGACUAUCAUUCGUGUGGGAAUCGCAACAGGCCCAAUCACCAUCGCCUACAUUGACAGCAAUCAAUUUGCUCCCACCAUGUGUGCGUUCGGAGAUACGAUGAACACUGCAGCGCGCAUGGAACAGAGUGGCUCUCCAGGGUACUUGCACCUCUCAGAGGACGCGGCAUUGAGAUAUUGCGAAGAACUCCGCAUGACGUCAGUUCCAUUGAAAGCAGGUGAUAGCGGCAAAGACUUCGGGCACAACCCUUCCGAGAGCAUCAUGACUCCCCCAUGGCAUAUCAUCGACGUGAAGGGGAAGGGUCAGGUCAGAACUGCUUGGAUCGAUUGCGCUACUAGACAAUUCGCCGAGCUCACAGAGAACAAUCCUUCCCAUACUCGCUCGCAGGGGCCAUAGUUACCGUACCGUUGAAUGAUCGUCGCCGAUCAUGGAAUUAUGAAUGUAUUUGUAUGCCGCUGAUUAAUGUUAGAGUACUUAAAAUCCGAGUGAACUUCCGUGAUCUGG